CGCGCCAUUGUUUCCCAGCGGCUGCUCGCUGGGACCCCGCCAGCCCUCGAGCGCGGCCAUUCGCCGCGUUCUGCCCUCUCCCCGCUUUCCUCACGCUGGUGGUGGCCCUUUCCUCAGUCCUGCCGAUGUCCUCCAGCUGAUUCCAGGCUGUUCCCGGCCACCCCUGAGGCCGUCCUUUCGCUUCUUGUAAAAGUCUCCCCGACCCCUGAGCUCCCUCGGUCGCCUCCCGAAAAGCCAACGGGCCUCUCUGGUGGAGCGCCAGGUUGACAGCGUUUUAGCAGGACCGCGAGAAACCGGGGAGAUCCUCUUACAAGGAAAAACUCCAAGAUUGCAUCCCUGUUAUCUUUCCUCCAAAUAGUUUCUGAUCAUAAGUUAUUUGUUUAAAAAUGAUGUUUUAAUUAGAAUUUGAUGGCUUUUAAAAAACUUUUACUGACACUCAACAUGUUUGUUUUUGUAGGAGCUGACUAAGGCUUUGGAACAGAAACCAGAUGAUGCACACUAUUAUCGUCAAAGAGCUUAUUGUCACAUUCUUCUUGGGAAUUACUAUGAGACGGGGUUUCACUGUGUUAGCCAGGCUGGUUUCGAUUUCUUGACCUCGUGAUCCACCUGCCUCGGCCUCCCAAAGUGCUGGGAUUACACGCGUGAGCCGCCAUGCCCAGCCAAAAACCCAUCUUUUUCCACAUAGUUGCUGUUGCUGAUGCAAAGAAGUCUCGCGAAUUCAAUCCAAAUAAUUCCACUGCUGUGCUGAGAAAAGGGAUAUGUGAAUACCAUUAGAAAAAACUAUGCUGCUGCUCUAGAAACUUUUAUAGGAGGACAAAAAUUAGAAACUUUAGGCAAUGUUUGAAGAGAUUUUUGAUUAUCAUGAUUGGUGGAUGCGGGAUGAGCUGCUGACAUCUAAUGAGUAUAAACCAGGGGGUGCUACGAAACAGCCCAUAAUGGCCAGGACAGUCCUGCCCAACAGAGAAGUAUCUGGUUCAAAACGUCAGUAGUGCUGAGUUAAGAAACUCUGCUCUUACGUAUUAUAUGUUAAAUUCUAACUCUGUACUGCUUUGAAUGUUUGCUUUUCUGCUGUAUACCUACUCAAAAAAGGGAUUUUAGGCCUGAUUACACAAAUGGAAGCUACAAAUUAGGAAAGGAAAGGUCUGGGCGACAGGGCUUAUUGUCAAAUUUGCUUAUCCCAGUUUCAGUUUUGGUAUGUGAAUAAUAGGGCUAUUCAGUCAGGAAGACAGCAUAUCUACACUCCUAGCAAAUUCCAGAGUCAAGUUAUCUAGUGCCUUGAUACAUACUUGAAACCCCUGAAAAAACAUGAGUCAUACCAUCCUCUACAUUUUCUUUUUUUUGAGACAAGGUCUCAUUCUGUUGCCCAGGCUGGAAUGCAGUGAUGUGAUCUUGGGUCACUGCAACCUCCACCUCCUGAGCUCAAGUCAUUCACCCACCCCAGCCCCCCAAGUCACUGGGGCUAUAGGCACGUGCCACCACAUCUGAUGAAAUUGUGCUUUUUUUUCGCAGAAACAGGGUUUCGCCCUGUUACAAAGGCUGGUCUUGAACUCCUGGGCUAAAGUGAUCCACCUGCCUCAGCCUCCCAAAGUGUUGGGGUUACAGGCGUGAGCCUUCAUGCCUGACCUCAUCCUCUGCAUUUCUAGGCCUUAUUACUUUUAAGAGCAAUAGAAAAGUUUCCUGCCUAAAUUCUUUUCUUUUUUUUUUCUUCUUUUUGGACCUGGGGGCACAGAGCCUUACUCUUUCACCCAGACUUGAGUGCAAUGGCACCAUUAUAGUUCACUGCAGCCUUGAAUUCCUGAGCUCAAGCUGUCCUUCUGCCUCUGCCUUCUGAGUAGCUGGGAAUACAGGCACGUGCCAUCACACUAAGCUAAUUAAACAUUUUUGUGUAGAGAUGAGGUCUUGCUACAUUGCCCAGACUGGUCUCUGAACUCCUGGCCUCAAGUGAUCCUACUGCCUUGGCCUCCCAAAGCUCUGGCAUUACAGACAUGAGCCACUGCACUUGGCCCCUAAAUUCUUUUCUUGAGUUUUCUUUCUUUCUUUCCCUUCUUUCGUUUUCUUUCCUUCCUUUCCUUCCUUCCUUUCUUUUUUUUUUUUUUUGAGACAGAGUCUCGCCCUGUCUCCCAGCCUGGAGCGCAGUGGUGCAUUCUCGGCUCACUGCAACCUCUGCCUCCUGGGUUCAAGUGAUUCUCCUGCCUCAGCCUCCGGAGAAGCUGGGAUUACAGGUGCAGAUGCUAAUUUCAGUGACUGGAUUAAAAGGUGUCAAGAAGCUCAGAAUGGUAUGUAGAUCUCCCAUGGUGAUGGAACCAGCCCUGGAAGGCACAGGCAAAGAGGGGAAGAAAGCAUCCUCCAGGAAGCGUACCUUGGCUGAACCUCCAGCGAAGGGCCUCCUGCAGCCAGUGAAGCUCAGCAGGGCAGAACUGUACAAGGAGCCUACCAAUGAGGAGCUUAAUCGCCUUCGGGAGACUGAGAUCUUGUUCCACUCCAGCUUGCUUCGUUUACAGGUAGAGGAGCUACUAAAGGAAGUAAGGCUGUCAGAGAAGAAGAAGGAUCGGAUUGAUGCCUUCCUACGGGAGGUCAACCAGCGGGUCGUGAGGGUGCCCUCAGUCCCUGAGACAGAGCUCACUGACCAGGCAUGGCUCCCAGCUGGGGUUCGAGUGCCCCUCCACCAAGUGCCCUAUGCCGUGAAGGGCUGUUUCCGCUUCCUGCCCCCAACCCAGGUUACUGUUGUGGGCAGCUACCUUCUGGGCACCUGCAUCCGGCCAGACAUCAAUGUGGAUGUGGCACUGACCAUGCCCAGGGAAAUCCUACAGGACAAGGACGGGCUGAACCAGCGCUACUUCCGCAAGCGUGCCCUCUACCUGGCCCACUUGGCUCACCACCUGGGCCAGGACCCCCUCUUUGGCAGUGUUUGCUUCUCCUACACAAAUGGCUGCCACCUGAAACCCUCACUGUUGCUGCGGCCGCGUGGAAAGGAUGAGCGCCUGGUCACUGUACGUCUGCAUCCGUGCCCUCCACCUGACUUCUUCCGCCCGUGCCGCUUGCUGCCAACCAAGAACAAUGUGCGCUCUGCCUGGUACCGAGGGCAGAGUCCUGCAGGGGAUGGUAGCCCAGAGCCUCCUACCCCCCGCUAUAACACAUGGGUCCUGCAAGAUACAGUUCUCGAGUCCCAUUUGCAGCUGCUGUCAACCGUUCUGAGUUUAGCCCAGGGCCUGAAGGAUGGCGUGGCACUUCUGAAGGUCUGGCUGCGGCAGCGGGAGCUGGACAAGGGCCAGGGUGGGUUUACUGGGUUCCUUGUCUCCAUGCUGGUUGUCUUCCUUGUGUCUACACGCAAGAUCCAUACCACCAUGAGUGGCUACCAGGUCCUGAGAAGUGUCUUGCAGUUUCUGGCCACUGCAGACCUGACAGUCAACGGGAUCAGUUUAUGUCUCAGCUCAGAUCCCUCUUUGCCGGCCCUGGCUGACUUCCACCAGGCCUUCUCUGUUGUCUUCCUGGACUCCUCAGGCCGUCUCAACCUCUGUGCUGAUGUCACUGCCUCUACUUACCACCAGGUGCAGCAUGAGGCACGGCUGUCUAUGAUGUUGCUGGACAGCAGAGCUGACGACGGGUUCCACCUGCUGUUGAUGACUCCCAAACCCAUGAUCCGGGCUUUCGACCAUGUCCUACAUCUCCGUCCACUGAGUCGCCUGCAGGCAGCGUGCCACCGGCUGAAGCUCUGGCCAGAGCUGCAGGACAAUGGUGGGGACUAUGUCUCAGCUGCUUUGGGCCCCCUGACCACCCUCCUGGAGCAGGGCCUGGGGGCUCGGCUGAAGCUGCUGGCUCACUCUCGACUCCCAGUCCCAGAGUGGGACAUCAGCCAAGAUCCACCAAAGCACAAAGACUCUGGGACCCUGACCCUGGGACUCCUUCUCCGGCCUGAGGGACUGACCAGCGUCCUUGAGCUGGGUCCAGAGGCAGACCAGCCUGAGGCUGCUAAAUUCCGCCAGUUCUGGGGAUCCCGCUCGGAGCUUCGGCGUUUCCAGGACGGAGCCAUUCGGGAAGCUGUAGUCUGGGAGGCAGCCUCUAUGUCCCAGAAGCGCCUCAUUCCCCACCAGGUGGUCACCCACCUCUUGGCACUCCAUGCUGACAUCCCAGAAACCUGUGUCCACUAUGUGGGGGGCCCCCUGGAUGCACUUAUCCAAGGCCUGAAAGAGACCUCCAGCACAGGCGAGGAGGCCCUGGUAGCGGCGGUACGUUGCUAUGACGACCUCAGUCGCCUACUGUGGGGGCUAGAGGGUCUCCCACUGACCGUGUCUGCUGUUCAGGGAGCUCACCCAGUGCUGCGCUACACAGAGGUGUUCCCACCAACUCCAGUCCGUCCAGCCUCCUCCUUCUAUGAGCCUCUGCGGGAGCGGUCCUCACUGCUGCCCCGGCUCAAUAAGCCCUGUCCGGCCUACGUGGAGCCCAUGACCGUGGUUUGUCACCUGGAGGGCAGUGGCCAGUGGCCACAGGACGCUGAGGCCGUGCAGCGGGUCCGAGCUGCCUUCCAGCUGCGCCUGGCAGAGCUGUUGACACAACAGCAUGGUCUGCAGUGCUGUGCCACUGCCACGCACACGGAUGUCCUUAAGGAUGGAUUUGUGUUUCGGAUUCGCGUGGCCUAUCAGCGGGAGCCCCAGAUCCUGAAGGAGGUGCAGAGCCCAGAGGGGAUGAUCUCGCUGAGGGACACAGCUGCCUCCCUCCGCCUUGAGAGAGACACAAGGCAGUUGCCGCUGCUCACCAGUGCCCUGCACGGACUGCAGCAGCAGCACCCAGCCUUCUCUGGUGUGGCACGGCUGGCCAAGCGGUGGGUGCGUGCCCAGCUUCUUGGUGAGGGUUUCGCUGAUGAGAGCCUGGAUCUGGUGGCCGCUGCCCUUUUCCUGCACCCUGAGCCCUUCACCCCUCCGAGUUCCCCCCAGGUUGGCUUCCUUCGAUUCCUUUUCUUGGUAUCAACGUUUGAUUGGAAGAACAACCCCCUCUUUGUCAAUCUCAAUAAUGAGCUCACUGUGGAGGAGCAGGUGGAGAUCCGCAGUGGCUUCCUGGCAACUCGGGCACAGCUCCCCGUCAUGGUCAUUGUUACCCCCCAAGACCGCAAAAACUCUGUGUGGACACAGGAUGGACCCUCAGCCCAGAUCCUGCAGCAGCUUGUGGUCCUGGCAGCUGAAGCCCUGCCCAUGUUAGAGAAGCAGCUCAUGGAUCCCCGGGGACCUGGGGACAUCAGGACAGUGUUCCGGCCGCCCUUGGACAUUUACGAUGUGCUGAUUCGCCUGUCUCCUCGCCAUAUCCCGCGGCACCGCCAGGCUGUGGACUCACCAGCUGCCUCCUUCUGCCGGGGCCUGCUCAGCCAGCCGGGGCCCUCAUCCCUGAUGCCCGUGCUGGGCUAUGAUCCUCCUCAGCUCUAUCUGACGCAGCUCAGGGAGGCCUUUGGGGAUCUGGCCCUUUUCUUCUAUGACCAGCAUGGUGGAGAGGUGAUUGGUGUCCUCUGGAAGCCCACCAGCUUCCAGCCCCAGCCCUUCAAGGCCUCCAGCACAAAGGGGCGCAUGGUGAUGUCUCGAGGUGGGGAGCUAGUAAUGGUGCCCAAUGUUGAAGCAAUCCUGGAGGACUUUGCUGUGCUGGGUGAAGGCCUUGUGCAGACUGUGGAGGCCCGAAGUGAGAGGUGGACUGUGUGAUCCCAGCUCUGGAGCAAGCUGUAGACGGACAGCAGGACAUUGGACCUCUAGAGCAAGAUGUCAGUAGGAUGACCUCCACCCUCCUUGGACAUGAAUCCUCCAUGGAGGGCCUGCUGGCUGAACAUGCUGAAUCAUCUCCAACAAAACCCAGCCCCAACUUUCUCUCUGAUGCUCCAGCAUUGGGGCAGGGGCGUGGUGGCCCGUGUAGUCUCCUGGGCCUGACCAUCCCAGAAGAGUGGGAGCCGGCUCAGAGAAGGAACUGAACCCAGGAGAUCCAUCCACCUAUUAGCCCUGGGCCUGGACCUCCCCGCGAUUUCCCACUCCUUUCUUAGUCUUCUUCCAGAAACAGAGAAGGGGAUGUGUGCCUGGGAGAGGCUCUGUCUCCUUCCUGCUGCCAGGACCUGUGCCUAGACUUAGCAUGCCCUUCACUGCAGCGUCAGGCCUUUAGAUGGGACCCAGCGAAAAUGUGGCCCUUCUGAGUCACAUCACCGACGCUGAGCAGUGGAAAGGGGCUAUAUGUGUAUGAAUAGACCACAUUGAAGGAGCACAAUGCCCUCCUGUGUUGAUGCCACUUCCCAGGGUGGAGACAGUGGAAAAGAACCGAGGACAGGAAAGGAUUGGGUAGGUGAAGGGGUCGGGGGACUGGUAGUCACCCAAUCUUGGAGAGGUGCAAAAAGCACUGGGGGCUACCCGUUAGCUGCAUCUGCCCUGGCUGUUUGCCCGUUCAUGUCACAAACUGCCACUACUAUGUACCUGCAGUGGGGUUGCAGAGAUGGGGGAGACUCAAGUCUUACUCCCCAGGAGCUCCCAGGGCCCAAGGAGGAGAAUGCUGCCUCCUUUCAGUCUGGUCUACACCCACUUUCUGGUAGCCUCUCUGCUUCCUGUAAUUCUGGCUGUUUUUCCAGACUCAGCUCAAAUAGUGCCCCUCCUUAAGCCCAUCCCUCGCCCCCAGCCUGAGGUGAUCUUUCCCUCCUCUGAACUAUUAGAGCAGUUACUGUCUGUUCAGUUCGUUUGGCAGGCACACACAGUGGCAUAAAUUCUAUUGUUUUGAACUCUGAUUUAAAAUUAAAUUGCAGCUGGGCGUGGUGGCUCAUGCUUGUAAUCCCAACACUUAGGGAGUCAGGAGAAUCACUUGAGCUCAGGAGUUCUAGACCAAUCUGGGCAACAGAGAGACCCCAUCUCUUUUAAAUAAAAAGUUAAAUUGCUUAA